AAAGUCUGAUUGGUGUAUUUAUUUCUCCCUCGCCUUAAACACAUUUGACCGUCUAUACUAGCUUGAGACACAUUGAUCAGUUUUCACGAAGUUAUGGGAAUGUUGUGCCUGGCUUGCUAGGGGAAAAGUCUGCGAAGGCUCAGGCUGAUAACUGGAAUGCCUGGGCCGGAUACUUCCUUUGUAGCUUGUAAGCUUCUAAAUCAACACAUUGGUAUAGUACACGGGCAGGGUGAGCUGGUAGUCAUACGGUUUCUGACUUGGGUUUUUCGAGGUGAUGAUGAAGCAAUCAUCAGUAACGACUACCAAGGAGCCGCCUUUAUGCUCUCGUGUCCACUAGCGGCCGUCUCUACCUGGCUCUUACUCGCAAGAUGUCGCACGGUAUAUAGGCACGCGGUAGGGCACUGGUAUGAGCCUUCCCGGCGAAGGGUUCGCUUUUGCCGUUUUCGUCUCACACAAGAACACCGAGUCGGCUAUGCUGUCCUUUUUUCUUUUGUUUAACAGGCCUUUUCCAUGUCCUCUCAUAACGUUGCCGUUGGCUAGAAUCUUGAAGCUGCCUGUGCCCGGAAAUGUUACCGAAGACAUUUAUAAGGGCAUUGUAGAGUGUAUGGCGAGGUAUCUGGCUUUCAAGG